AUGAAGCAAAAAAUGCGCCGGGUAAAUCAACUGUCAGGCACACCGUGGCGGGAUAGGGAUCUUUUUUCGGUUUUUGUUGUCAUUCGUUGUGUGAUUCAGUCUAGCCAAAGCAAUGGCUUGCGUAGUCCUCUCGACCAGUACGAGGAUUUUAGGCUGGUGCAGCAGCUCCGCAAAAACAGACAAGGGAAUUACUACCGUUACCAGCAGAGGCUGUGGCCAUCGACAGAGGCGUUGGAACGAUCAAUGACAGAACGACUCUACAGCCCCACAGAGCGUUCUCCUCUGGUGCUUUUGCCGCAGUCGAAAAGGACAUCACCCAAUCGCACGCUCGUUCUUGAAGGAAAUGGUGCAACAGCGCUGCUGGAAGCCGCGGAAUCCACGCUCGCUCAGAAUGGUCAAACAACAGCCGACGAAGCCACGACACCAAGUGCUCCUUUAAGUGACAUGGAGGAAAUGCUUGCGGAACACCUGCGUGUUGAGCUACAGGGGCCCAUUGGUAGUAAGAUCAUUACCGAAGCAGAUUUGGAAGGCACCAUCUUAGAAUCCGCUCGUGAGCGUGCUAGACUUGUUAUUGAAGAGGACCUUUUGGUUAACGAUUUGGUAUCGUCAUCAUCAUCAUCUGCGUCAUCAGCGGUACUGACUUUGCGCCGCAAGGUGCCAUCAGCGAAAGACGAGGGAGGUGUAGCGUGGAUUUCUCUUGGACUCGACCCACUGCUGAGUGAAAGGGCGCUUGCCAAGUAUGGACCGGUUCCCACGCGCCUUCAGUGCCGUCUGCUUCCGGCGCUUCUACACGAGGAUCAUAAUGAUGUCAUUUUUAAUGGGGUCACAGGAAGCGGCAAGACCAGUGUUUUUCUUCUUGCAUUAUUGCAGUCUGUGAGAUCGGAGGCAGCAGGUCUCAACGUAUUUGUGGCAAAGGAUGGGUUGACCGCAUUGCAUGCGUACAGCCAGCUUCGAGCUCUUUGUGGCCCUUUGGGUGGUACUGUGGUAGACCGUCCUCGGGAUGAUUGGUCGUGGCUGUACCUUGGCUCCCAUCGAGAGGGUUAUGAGACGUACUACCGUGCGCUUAGACGUUCGCUUCAUAGCGAUCAUGGCCCAGUGCGCAUUUUAAUUACAACUGCAGAUACCAUGUGUGAAUUGUUGUUUGAGAAAAAGAUGGAGUUUGAGUCUUUUGGGUACUUGCGACGCGUAUAUAUAGAUGACAUUGGCGUACAAAUACCAAUGGUACCACCUAAUGCUCCUGUGGCGGAGAUGCGGGAGCGUUUGAGGAACCCACUGGCCUGCGAAUUGCUCUUGGGAACUCUUCAUCAGCUUCCAGGGCCGCACAUCCGCUCGAUCCUGCAGCUUGGGCUUGUGUCGGCGGACAUGGAUGAACGUCUCAAGGAUCAUUUGAAGGCGCUGUGUGUGAAACUUGAGCGGCACACCAUUGUUCUCUCCUCUGUGCGUAUUCCCUCCACAAUUCACUGCCUUUUUAGUUUUCAUCUGUUCCACGAGGAUUUGUAUGAAUAUCUUGUGAAGCUAAUCUGGAAUGCCCGGGACACCAUCCCCGGACGCGCAGUUAUAUUUAUUCGCCAAGAAGAUAAUUUGUUGCAGGUGCGAACAAAACUUCGCGGUCUUGGAAUGAACGCCAAGCUUUUCUCAGAGGUGUGCCAUGAUGGUGAGUUUUGUGGCAAGUGGAAGUUCUUGCUUCUUCGAGAGUCGGAAGCGUUUGGGAUUGAAAUUCCUCUUGUCUCCCAUGUCUUCAUCACAUUUUGUCCUAGGACGGCAUGCUCCUUUCAGCACAUGUGUGGCCGCACCGGUCGGCUUGGAAACCUGGGUUGGGUGUACACCGUCACCGACAAGCGUGACGCCAGAAGUGUCCGGGAAAUUGCCACGCAGUUGGAUGUGGAUUUUUGCAAUCACGUCAUUAACGUCCAACUCGCACAAGUCCCUCCGAAAGAUAUGGAUCGUCAGACUAAGGAAUACGAGCUGUACGGUCUUGACCCUCAGUACGCAGUGAGGCAGCAUUAUAUUGUGCAAACAGAGAAUCCAGAUAUGGCAUACCGGAGUCGCGAGUUCUUUAGUAAACCGGCCAAGAAGCAGUUUCAGAUGGAGCAGUACACACCCAUCUCCGUCCUGCACCGCCGCUUUGUCAACUCGAAAAAGUUGGCUGCGGAUAUGAAUCGUGACCCCAGUGUGGCUGUCUCACUGCAGAAACAGGGCCUGCUUGACCAAACUUUGAAGCCAACCAAACGACUGAAGUUUCUACUCAAUAAAAAAAGCCAAAAGCACGGCGUAUCACUCUAUGGUGGAAAGAACGGCAUUCACGACGGUCGAUGA